GCCGCUCGCGGCGCCGCUCUGGGGCGAGCCGGGGCGGGGCGUGCGCUCGGCUCCGCUCUGCGGCGGCUUCAUCCGGCCGGAGCAUCAGCCGGGAAGGCUCGUCCUCGCCCCGCCGCGGCUCCUCCCUCCUCUCGCCGCUCCCGCACCGGCCCCGCGGCCAUGGAGGUGCCCCAGAGCCAGUGCAAGAAAGUCAAGCUGAGCAACAGGGCGCCGAGCUGGGGAAUGCAGAGGGCAACCAAUGUCACCUACCAAGCUCAUCAUGUCAGCAGAAAUAAGAGGGGCCAGGUGGUAGGAACAAGAAGUGGUUUUCGUGGAUGCACAGUCUGGUUAACAGGUCUAUCUGGUGCUGGAAAGACUACAGUUAGCAUGGCACUGGAGGAGUAUUUAGUAUGCCAUGGCAUUCCGUGCUACACGCUGGAUGGUGACAAUAUUCGCCAGGGCCUUAAUAAGAAUCUGGGUUUCACACCAGAAGAUAGAGAAGAAAAUGUCCGUCGGAUUGCCGAAGUUGCUAAACUGUUUGCAGAUGCUGGUUUGGUGUGCAUCACUAGUUUCAUCUCUCCCUAUACUCAGGAUCGUAAUAAUGCCAGACGAAUUCAUGAAGGUGCAAGUUUGCCCUUUUUUGAAGUAUUCGUGGAUGCUCCAUUGCACGUCUGUGAGCAGAGAGACGUUAAAGGACUCUACAAGAAAGCCAGGGCUGGAGAAAUUAAAGGCUUUACUGGGAUUGACUCGGAGUAUGAAAAACCUGAAGCCCCCGAGCUUGUGCUGAAAACUGAUUCUUGUGAUGUGAAUGAUUGCAUACAGCAAGUUGUAGAACUUCUUCAAGAGAGGGAUAUUGUACCAGUGGAUGCCUCUUAUGAAGUAAAAGAGCUCUAUGUGCCAGAAAAUAAGCUUAAGUUGGCCAAAACCGAUGCUGAAUCUCUGUUAACCUUGGAAAUAAAUAAGGUGGACAUGCAAUGGGUGCAAGUGCUAGCAGAGGGCUGGGCAACACCGCUGAAUGGCUUUAUGAGGGAGAGAGAAUACCUGCAGUGCCUUCACUUUGACUGUCUCCUUGAUGGAGGAGUUAUCAAUCUGUCAGUGCCUAUAGUGUUAACAGCUACCCAGGAAGACAAGGAAAGGCUGGAUGGAUGUACGGCAAUUGCCCUGGUGUAUGAAGGACACCGUGUGGCCAUCCUCCGUAACCCUGAAUUCUAUGAGCACAGGAAGGAGGAACGUUGUGCAAGGCAAUGGGGAACGACAUGCAAGGAACAUCCCUAUAUCAAGAUGGUUAUGGAACAAGGGAACUGGCUCGUAGGUGGAGAUCUACAGGUCCUUGAUCGUAUUUAUUGGAAUGAUGGGCUUGAUCAAUACCGUCUCACUCCUGCUGAACUUAGGCAGAAGUUCAAGGAAAUGGAUGCUGAUGCUGUCUUUGCAUUCCAGUUACGCAACCCAGUGCACAAUGGGCAUGCUCUUUUAAUGCAGGAUACUCAUAAGCAGCUUUUAGAACGUGGCUACCGGCGACCGGUUUUGCUCUUGCAUCCACUGGGAGGCUGGACAAAGGAGGAUGAUGUUCCUCUCAUGUGGCGCAUGAAGCAACAUGCUGCAGUAUUGGAGGAGGGAAUCUUGAAUCCAGAAACAACGGUGGUAGCUAUAUUCCCUUCCCCCAUGAUGUAUGCUGGACCAACUGAGGUUCAGUGGCACUGCAGAUCACGGAUGGUAGCAGGAGCUAACUUCUACAUUGUAGGGCGAGAUCCAGCAGGAAUGCCACACCCUGACACUGGGAAGGAUCUGUAUGAGCCAACUCAUGGUGCCAAAGUGUUGACAAUGGCCCCAGGCCUCCGAGCAUUGGAAAUUGUACCCUUCAGAGUCGCAGCUUAUAAUAAGAAAAAGAAGUGCAUGGACUACUAUGACUCUGAGCAGCAUGAAGACUUUGAAUUUAUAUCAGGAACCCGUAUGCGCAAACUCGCUCGAGAAGGACAGAACCCACCGGAAGGCUUCAUGGCUCCCAAGGCCUGGACUGUGCUGACAGAAUACUACAAAUCCUUGGAGAAGGCUUAGGCCUCUUAUUAACGGCAGAUCGAUCUUUGACGCCUGAUUUCUUAACAAGAAGGGGACCACACAGUCACCAUUCGUGUUGCUUUGUUGUGGUGUCUGUCAGGAAGUUCUCUGAAAACACUCUUUCUCUCUAACUUAGCAUCAUUCUUUGCCUUUCCUUAUGGGUUCUGUUAUGUCCUGGCACCUAACUAGCUGCUGGUUUUAAUGUCUUCCCUUUUAUUAUAGUUAAUAUUCUUUCAGUAGGAUUUUAAAAUCUUACCUUUUUUUUUAUAUUUUAUUGCCUCUGUCCUAUGAGUUCUGCAGCUGUUAAAUUGAUGAAGCUUUUUCACAUGUUAUUUAAACUGUUGGGUAGUUUUGGGUUUUAAUAGUUUGUAGAAGAAGAUGCAACAGUUAGGUCCUUUACAAUGGAUAGAUGCUCUGUAAGUGGGAAGAGUUGAUAAGUUUUAAAACUAUUGUAAAAGUAUACUAAAUCUUUUUCUCAUCAGCAUCUCUAGAAGCUGAUGAGCUUAUUAAUUCCUUGCAUUAAUUUCUUGCAAUGUGUAAUCAAAAAGCAGAGUUCUUUAUGCAGCAUAAUUAAACUUCUUAUUUUUUGCUUUCUUUGUUUAGUUUUGGAGCUCAAUGAGUUGUCUGGUACUUUUCUUCUGCUGUGGACCAGUAAAGCUGGAGAAGAUGGUUGAGUGAUGACUAGAAGAAAACACCUAGUUUUCCCUUUUAAUGGAUAACUAAUCCAGAGUUUAUUUUAACUUUUUCCCAUGUACUUGCUGACAUGGAUGUAAUAUGUAGUCAGUAGGGGAACAUUUUACUGAUUUGAUAUAGCUCUUGUCAGUGUUGGGUGCCAGAUAUAUUUUUUUUGAUCCGAUUACAAAUGAAAAAGAGUGGGAGACUGAAAAAAGGAAAAAAUCUUAGACCUUGGCAGUUCCUCUGGUACACAUUCUUAGUUCUGAAGAUUAAUGCAAUGAAAUUGCAUUUCUCCCAAUGCACUAAAGGAGUAAUUUUUUUCUUGAUUCAGCUUUGCUUAUGUGUAAGACAAAAACCAAGUACUUACAGAAUUCUGAAAAAAAAAAGGAAGCUGGUUAAAUCAGUAUGUGGAACACUAACGGCUAAAAGAAGAUACACAAAAGGAAAAGUGAAAUACUUUUGUGAUUUUUUUUUUUUUCUCAUUAUAUAUAAAAUACUACUGGGACAGUCAUAAAUCCCUUUGCCCUAUUAGCGAGGAACUUUCCCUUACUCUUUUCACUAAAAUUUACUUUUCUGUUGUUAGUGUGUGUACAGGAGAAAUUGACUCAAAAUUAUUUUUAGCAUGUUGAUACAGGCCUGCUAUUGAGCCUGAAUCAAACAUAUGUUCAUCUAGCUUUUGGCAGGAAUUGUGGUGGGUCACACUGAUGUAAUGAAUGAGGUGAAUAGUUCUUGCAGUCUUUGUUUAUUUGUUCACAGUAGUAUUUGAGAGAAAUACUUUGAGUAUGAUGUUCUUCUCUUCCUCUUGUGUUUCUUUGAAGAGUUAUGUAACAAGUGUUUUUUUGAUGGGAUUUAUACCUCUGUAAAAGAGGCAAGAAAGUAAGAUGGGGUUGGGAGAAGGCAAGAGGCAUACAUUUCAGCUAACCACAUCAGUUACUUAAGAUUGCUUUAGGGAUGUGCAUCUUACCACCUCAGAAUUGCUGAACAGAUUUUCAUCAAAAUUGACUUUCUUGUUUGAUUGUAUCAAUAUAUAGGAUAUACAAAAUCCAGGAGAAAGAAUAAAUUCCCUUGUGUGUAGCUGUUCAUGCAAAACUUCAAAUUUGAAGUACGAAGGUGAACAAGAGUGAUCAGCUGCUAAAAUGUCAUCAGCUGUUGGAAGUUAGAGCUUGGACUCUUUGCUGUCAGGUUUGAUUCUUCUGCUAGCUGUGAUGUAAGAUAAUAUUUUGGCAGAAUGGUAAACAGAUGAAAGUUGGCAGAAGUUAAUGUUUUAAAAAUGCCAUUUGCACGAUAAGAAGUUAAGUCCAGAAAAUAAGUGGGAGUGCUGAACAUUAAUAUGAAUCAUUCUGUAGAGGUAGUGUAAAAGCAGUAAUGCCUGCAGGCAAAUAAAUACAGUGAUGACAAGAAACUCUAGUUUUCUUACUUGACUGAUUUGAUGCUGAGGCUCUGUUGUGAUGGUGCUUUGUGAGAGCUGUCCUUGUGGAGCUCUAUAUUUAAGAAGCCUUCAGGUUUGUCCCAACUUUAAACCAAUAGCCGUGACAUCCUAGUGUAAUUCUGAUUAAGAACAGGACAGGACCAUAUGGUUGAUUUGCAGGCAGGACUUGCUUUAUGCAGUAGCACUUUCCCAUGGCAUAUGUAUUUUCACUGCACAGUUCUAAUUUUCCCUUUUGUCUAACUGCCUCUUGUAAGAAUUACAUGAAAGAAUUACCCCAGAAAUGAUUUUUGCCAGUGUCUCUCUUUUUUUUUCUGUUUUUUUUUUUUUUCCUACCUUACCUUAGUGGAUAGCAGCAUCAAUUGGCCAAUCCUAACAUUGUUUUUCAUACUUGAUUCAACAUUAGUAAUGUGCUGUGGUGUCUGAGGCUCUUCUGAGACUAUAAUUGGAUGUCUUCCAUGAGAAAGCAAUAAAAUUAAUAAGGCAAUGGUGGCUGCACCCAACCUUUCUAUUCUCACACUUGUCUUUCCACACCUGCACUUUCACCAAAGGAAGUGAAAUGACCUAAAGGACACGUCCUGAUGUUCCUUCCCACUCCCCACCUUAUGUCUACCUUGAUCUUCCUUACAGAGGGACUCUUUUCUGCUUUUCCAUGUACAGGAUAAAGUAUUGCUAUUAUCCCUUGCUUUUUGUACAGUCCCAGGAUGAUGAUCGACUUCUAGAUGAUCAUUCUGAUGUAUUGAGCAUGCGAUGUACAAAAGUAAUAAGAUCCUAGACCCAUAUGAUGCAGGGACAAUGUGAAACCAGCUUUCCAAAAUACAGAAGGAUUAAUGAGGUAGGUGGAGAUCACCAAACCUUAAUCCUUGGGGUUAAAUAAGUGCUACAUGCUUCACCUAGGUGAAAUGAUUAGUUCCAGAUGACUCUGAUUCCCCCAGUACACAUGUGCAAUUUAAGAAGAAGGCAAGUUUUCUGUAAAGAAUCACAAGGCUGAGAAUUUUUGUGUCAUCUUCCAUAUGCGUAUGUUAAACUAAUAUGAAUAUUCAGGAUGACAUUUCAAGUCAGGAUCUGAGGAUUAAGAUGGAAAAAUAGUUGAUAAAUGCUGAAGAUGUUCGCUUCUACCUGAUCUUUUCCCCUAUUUUUUUUUUUUCAUAGGGGAUCUAAAUGCUACCAACUCAGUAAUAUCAGACACUGGUAGUAUAGAACGAAUAGG